UUUUUUUUUUUUUUGCUUGGUUACUGUCAAGUAUCAUAUUAUUAUUGUUAGUAUUAUUAUUGUUCGCAAUGAUAACAUCAAAUGAACGACGCGAUCUGAUCAUUGGAUUUAUAUCUGGUUCCAUUCUAUCUAUUCUAUCUUCUGGCGCUUUAUGGUACUAUUAUCGAUCUUCUUCAACUACUAGUACAACAGCAACUUCCCUACAGCAUCGAGGAACAACCAUUGUCGAGGGUGUUGAUGGACUUAUCGGAAAUACUCCUCUUAUGAAGAUCCGUAGCUUAUCUGAAGCUACUGGUUGUACCAUUCUGGGAAAAGCUGAAUUCUUGAAUCCAGGCGGUAGUUCGAAAGAUAGAGUAGCAUUAAAUAUUAUCAAAUCAGCGGAAGAAGCAGGCAUCUUGAAACCACAUACCGGUAGUACGAUAUUUGAAGGGACAGUUGGAUCAACAGGGAUUUCGAUUGCGAUGAUUGCACGAGCAAAAGGAUAUCAAGCAUGGAUUGUGAUGCCGGAUGAUCAAGCACAAGAGAAAUAUCAACUCUUAGAAAAAUUGGGUGCUCAUGUGGAAAAAGUACGACCUGUCAGUAUUAUUGAUAAGAAUCAAUUUGUCAAUCUCGCACGUAGUCGGGCUAGUCAGUUUGGAAAAGAGGAUGACAAGCCAUUAUCAGAUAGGGUGGGAUACUUUGCCGAUCAAUUUGAAAACGAAGCCAAUUUCCGUGCUCAUUAUCAAACAACAGGACCUGAAGUAUAUCGACAAACACAAGGACGAUUGGAUGCUUUGGUAUUAGGUGCUGGAACAGGAGGAACUUUGUCUGGUUUGACUUGCUACUUGAAACCAUUGAUACCAAAUCUCAAGGUUUUCUUGGCCGAUCCUCAAGGCUCUGGUUUAUACAAUAAAGUCAAAUACAAUACUAUGUAUGCCCCAACUGAAAAAGAAGGAACAAGAAGACGACAUCAAGUGGAUACUGUAGUAGAAGGGAUUGGUGUCAAUCGAUUGACUAGGAAUUUUGAUAUAGGACGGCAAUGGGUGGAUGAUGCUUAUCGGGUCACUGAUGAUGAAGCAGUUAGAAUGUCACGUUUUUUGGUGCGGGAAGAUGGUUUAUACUUGGGAAGUAGUUCAGCUGUGAAUUGUGUUGCAGCUGUACGAGUGGCGAAACAACUCGGUCCAGGACAUGUUAUUGUGACACUUUUGAAUGAUUCUGGUCAACGACAUUUGACCAAGUUUUGGUAAGUACAAAUGAAUGUGAUCAUCAUGAUAUAUAUACACUCAUCUAUUUUUAUCUAGGAGUGAUGACUAUUUAGAGGAAAAUAAAAUCAAUUUCAAGCUCGGUGAUGAAGAGACCUUGGAUGAUAUUGUGGUUUAGAUUAGACGUUAGUUCAUACUUAUUUUGUUAUUCAACUAUCAAAUAAAAAUAUACUUAUAAAUAAACUCUGAUGAUUUUUUUUUUUAAUAAAAA